AUGUCGAGUACGGACCCCGCUCUCGUAGGUUUUGCGCCUGCACCGGGUACAGAAGGACCAGCACUUCCUCCAGAUGUCGCUGUACAGCCAGAGCGACCGGUUGGGAAACCAGAGAUGGUGGAAACUGAUUACGCCGAACCGCUAACGGUGAGCCACGAGCUUGCGACUGCGGAUCAUGAGGAAAAGGGUGCUGCACAAUUGAACCAUGAUCAGACAGAAGUUAAAGAUCUGGGAUGGAGUCACCCAGUUGAAGAUGCACCUGUGCCAUUGGUGGGUGGGCUUCCAAAUGAGCAAUUAUGGACGUUGAUUAGACGGUUUAAUAAACAAAUGUACCAUGUCAAAAGCUUGCCAGAACCACCACUCGGCGGUCUAGAUUUACAAAUUGCCGAUGAAGAGGAAUUUUCACCUGAUAAACUUCGAUCGAAUAUUGAACGGCUUUACAUGACCGUAAUCAUCACGGCAGUUGGAUUCUACAAACAUAUCGCUCGACUCCGUUCCUGGCGGGAGCGUAAUCGCACUCUUGCGUUUCUGGGCGUCUACUCAGUAGCGUGGUUGAUUGACUUUCUGGUCCCAACAAUCGUGGCUUUCUUGAUGAUCCUCAUUGUUUACCCGCCGUCUCGACAAUAUUGCUUUCCACCAGCUCCAAUAGCGUUGAUCGAUUCGAAAACUGGAGGAGUCAAGAAACCUACAGCAGGAGUUCUAGGAAGUGACAACAGUCUUACAGGCGCUCCAGAAAAAUACCACGGCGAAGCAGUUGAAAACGAGGCGGCCAACUUUGUCAACGGAUUCACAUCGAUCGCCAUCUCUUCGGCUGCUGGAAAGCAUCCUCAAGGUGAUCCUCAUGCCGGAGAAGAAGGAGCUAGCAGUAUAGAAGAUAGAGCUCCAGAUCCAACAAAUCUAGCUUUAGGUGCUGCAAAUGCCAAGGAUAAUGUGUCAGGUGGGAAGCCAAAUACCACCCACGAUAAAACGAAAGAGCCCAUGUCCGCGGCGAUGUGGUCGAAAACGAGACCAGUUAUGCAUACCAUAGCUGACAUUUCAGAUGGAUUUGAAAGAUUUGCAAAUGCUCUCUCGCCAACAGCCCCAUUUCCAAAGGACAAACCUCGAAUGAAACUCGCAGGCUGUCUCGCUCCUGUUCUGCUCAUCUCGAUGUUCACAAGUUCAUAUAUGUUCUACAAGAUGAAUGGCUUUUUCAUCGGAUUUGGAUUCUUUGCUGAUCCUAUCAUCUGGAGAGGACUUACUUAUUUGAACGAAAAAUACCCAGACUGGCAAAAGCUUCUCGAACUCCGAAAUACAUUGCUCAAAGGAGUCCCUACAAACGCCCAGCUUACAAUCACCCUUCUUCGAAUUGGAGAAGUAAACAAAGCUCCCCUACCACCACCACCCUACUCAGGACCACCUCCACCACACGAUGCUCACGAAACAGCAGGUCAAAACCUAGAACACCUCGAAGGCGUCCCCGACGACGAAAUCGCCGCCGCCAUCAACCCCGACCCCACAGUACCCACCCCCGCCGAAGUCCACCCCCCCAAAAAGAAAGCCGGCCGUCGUAUCGUCGCGGCCCUCAAAUCAGCAACCAAAGGCUCCGUCGAAACCAUCCUCGGCACCGACCGCCUCAAAGCCGCCGCCGGCUCCGGCCACGCCAAAAACCGUCUCGGCGUUCUCACCAACGGUCUCCAGCGCGAAGCCGGGCCCGUCGCCUUCCCCUGCCGCUUCAAAGGCCGCAAAGGCCACGCUUACAUCACGACCACUGCGACCAGUCCGGCGCUCAGCUGGACGACGGCGCUCGAUGAUCGCGAUCCGGUGUUCUCGGUUGCGAUUCAGGAUAUCAUGGAGAUUAAGAAGGUGGGGGGGUUGGGGUGGAAGACGAAACUUGUGGUGGGGUGGGCGACGGAUAGGGAGAUUGCUGAUGGGUUGGUGGUGGUGGAUAAGGUGGGGGAGAAGAAACAUUUGACGGCUAUUGCGUUGAGGGAGGAGCUUUUUAAUCGGUUGAUUGCGUUGGGGAAUCAGAUGUGGGAGGCUUGGUAG